UGCAUAAACCAAGCCGUCAAGUGCUCAACUCCGCUUACUAGCCACGGCGGAACGGAGGUGAUAACACUCCCUAUUUCCACGGAUGCCCUAGUCCGCACCGAAAUUUGGACCAAUGAUCCUAAGUCCUCAGAAGCCUAUGUGACUCUGAAGCCCUGCUGUCCAAUGGAUGGCUGUCUUCAAAAUGUCCAUUUUGUGGACAGUUUCUCUGAGGUGGCACAUGCAACCGCCGCAGGUUCACCCACCCCAAGGUGUCUGGUUCUGAAAUCCCCGAACAGGUCGCCAGACGUCUACGCAAUGACAGACAGCCCUUCCAGUCCCACCUCGCAACAACCGCCUCCGUCGAUAUCGAUUGUUGAUCCGAUCACCGGGAAUCGCAUAUUCGUUCCUCCCUUCACCACAACCGCCGCUACGGUCUCCAAUCUCGUCUCGUCCUUCACAUCGCCCGGAUCACCCCUGGAUUCCGCGUCUUCUCCCAAGGGGACAGCAGCAUCUGCGAUCGGAAAGGACUUUCUUGAAAAGGGCCAAUCAGAGACACCUUUGCCUGCCCCGGACAUGUGCAAUUCCGAGAACCCCGCGUAG